UUCUUGGUGGAGCAGCAGUAUGGCGGAGUGAAGCGUUUUUAGCGCGUCUUAUUUAAUUUAUGAGAAGCUGUUCAUUGCGGCCAAAUGUCCGGCAAUGCUGUGAGACGGCCCGGGGUUGGAGUCGGGGUACUGGUGACAGACUCAGACCACCCAGGCUGCGUUCUCCUGGGCAAACGGAGAAGUUCAGUCGGCAGAGGAAAAUACCAACUUCCAGGCGGGCACUUGGAGUUUGGAGAGACAUGGGAGGAGUGCGCCAUGAGAGAAGUGAUGGAGGAAGCGGGUGUGCAUUUGACGAACAUUUGCUUUGCGUCAGUGGUGAACUCCAUCAGACUGGUGGAGCAGUACCACUAUGUCACCAUAAUUAUGCAAGGGGAACUGGACAGGGAACUCUCAGGAGAACCGGCCAACCUGGAACCAGAGAAGAAUGAAGGGUGGUGGUGGACACGAUGGGAUCAGUUUCCUCCUGAGGAGCAGCUGUUCCUGCCGCUGGCCACUCUGAGACAGCAGGACUUCAACCCUUUCAGCGCUGUUACUCACAAACACUGAAAGUAAACCCACCUGUUCUCCCUCAUCAUACGCACUGUAUAAAACAGAAAAAUAUCUUCUUUUGAGGUUUAUAUGAGUGAUCAU